AAACAGUGUGUUUGGUUCUGGACUGUAAAUCUAAGCUCAGGCACAAUGCAUUCUCAGCCUCCUGAACUCCAAUAUCAGCAGAGCCUCUGUAAGAGAAACUGUCAGUGAUGCAAAAAUACUAAGCUCUCCAUUGUGAGGGAUAACAACUUUUAGCGCAUAGGGCAUAUAUAUCAGACAGUCCAAAAUGUUUUCUUCUGGUUGCCCUUGUUCUCAUACAGUACCAGUGGAUAGUGAAGCGAUGUCACAGUAUUCAGGGAAGAUAGUGUUUUACGAGGGGAAAUGUUUCACGGGCAGAAAGCUGGAAGUGUUUGGAGAUUGUGAUAACUUUGAGGACCGUGGCUUCAUGAACAGGCCGAACUCUGUGCGCGUGGAGAGCGGGGCCUGGGUUUGUUUCGACCAUCCGGAUUUUAAGGGACAACAGUACAUGCUGGAAAGAGGAGAGUACCCUGAAUACCAAUGUUGGAACGGCCACAAUGAUCACAUGGGCUCUUGCAAGCCAGUCAAAAUGCAUGGAGAGCAUUACAGGAUGGAGCUGUUUGAAGGUCAAAACUUCACUGGUCAGUGUGUCGAACUGUGUGAAGACUGUCCUUUCCUCCCGAGCACUGGAUUUGGCAAGAACUGCAUAAACUCCAUUAAAGUCUAUGGAGAUGGCGCAUGGGUCAUGUAUGAGGAGUCAAACUAUCGUGGACGCAUGUACAUUGUGGAGAGAGGAAACUACACUGAAAAAAAGGGACUUGUGUACAGCUCAUUUUUGGAAUGGCAAGCUGAAAAUCCCAAUAUUCAGUCCAUCCGCCGGGUGAUCAACUAUUUCUAAAUGUCAAAUAGAUGAACAGCCUCACUUUUAAUAAAACAAUAGCUCAAAACACUGUAGUAUAUUAACUAUCUGAAAUAGCUUAAUAUAUUGAUAAACAUUCAUUUGUAUAAAAUGAUUGCAUGUAAUAUUUUUU